GGCAGUCGCGACCACGUCUCCGUAAAAGUACAUCUGGAUAACAGACGGGACAGGCAGUUAUUGCGUGGUUCCGGUGGCGGCUCCUCAGCCACAGCAGUUGUAAUGAAUCAGAUAAAGGUUCUCCGAGGUGCGACAAUAGGCAAGGAAUUUGUUAUGCGAUCAAUUGGCCAGUAUGUUGAGGAUGUGAAACCGCUGUUACUGCGAGUGGAUCGUUCCGAUAUCACAUUUUUCAUUGAGGAUGACGAUGUAAGUGUGUGCUUUUGUGUCUCUGAUAAGACACUGCCAGUGUUUCUCUCUCUGUUUUAA